AUGCCCAGAGACGUCGGUUCUCCGCACCAAGGAGUCGUGACCAACCUGGAGCAGCAGGAUCCCAACCAAUUAAGCCCUAUCUCACCUGAUCAACAACAAACUCCGCAGUCACUGCAGCCACAACCAAAGUCCCGGGAUACGGGCUCGAGUCGAUUGAAACGGCGAGCCUCGCAAGGAUCCCUUCUCACAAAACCGUCUCCCGUCUCCCGGUUCCUCUCCAAGAGCAACGCUUCAUUACACAUCUCCUCUUUUGAACACCUCGGUCUUUCCGCCAAAUCCGCCGGUCGAAUCGAAUCGCGGCCGCAAUCGGCGGAGCCGAUUUCUCGCUUCUCUCCUUCUUCUUCGACGGCAUCGAGUUCGCUGGCGGCUCGAGCAUCUCAAUCUUCCGCUGUGUGGGAUCUCUCGGCCCAAAGCGAUUACCCGUCCACUCUCCCUCCCACCCCUCCAGAAGACGAAGAGCACGUAGCGUGGAAUCCCAAAUCCAGCAUGUUGUUGUUCGAACCUCAUAUGACCCGGGAACCUGGACCAAUGCCCAUAAACGAGGGUCCCAACAUGGACAGUACACCCACAGGAGCCUCAUCAGAUAGCCUGGGCAGCCCGUCCGACCAGUUGUCGAAUGUGUCGCCUUCCAGCUCGGGAGGCAGUCCGGGAUCAUCUGGCGAAAUGGAUUGUGACCAUAACACAUGGUUAGAGAGUGGAAUCGACGCAGCAGUAUCGUCCCUACCAUUCUCGAACGCCCGCGGUGAAGCAGUCAAGAUUGUAUCUCAGAUGCUUCCCUACCCACGCCCGGCCGAUAAGUCCGUCCCCACGAGCGAGGACGUUUUCGGUGGCUUGAUCCAAGCCGUCCAGCAUCGACUGCAACAUGGACAAUCGCCAUAUAUCAACAUCACCCAUGCCGUUCCCGAACAGUUCAGCCUCUCCAACCUCCCUUGCUCUCCUCCUACCACACCCCGAUCCAUGUUUACCGCGGACGACUACUUCAACUCGACCGUCUUCUCCAGUGCGGCCGUAGUAUCCGCUUAUCACGAUUUCCGAGGCCCCAUCAAACCGAAAGCCUCCCACUUUCCCAUGCCCAUCGUCCCGCCGUUCAGUGUACAUAUCUCGGUUCUGGAACGGUAUCUCCCGCCAUCAUCGGCACAGGAGUACAAAGAUCUGUUUCAAACCCACCGACCGUCCUUUUUGGUGGAUCGGUUGUGUGAGCUUUCCCCUGAUGGCGGCUCACUCUUGUUCAUUUACCCCACCCGACGCGGUGGCUCAACCUUCAAGUCCCAAUUCCUCGGGCCGAUCCUCGACCCUCUCCUCCGGCAGCUUGUGGUGGUCAACGAACUGUCUGCUGACAUUGGACGGUAUCUGGGCAAGCUGGCCUCGGUUUCCUAUAUGGAAGACUUCGACACAAUGCGGGAUAACCUGGCCCAGCUAUGUGAUAACCUGAGCUCGUCAACCUCGCGGUUCAGCAUUGCCGAUGCCCGCAAAGGCAGCGCCCGACCGGAUCGUAACGUCUGGACCGAGUGGUAUAUCCACCAGGAAAAGACGCGGAUGAAGGAGGUGCUUAGCCUGUACUGGCAGAACGGCCGACGGCUUCCCGCCAGCAAGUCGGUGUCGAACCAAACGACCAACUAUAUGUUGCAAGACAAAGAAGUGACGUCCGCUAUGUUGUUGGGCGAGAUCCUUGAUGGGAUCCGGAAACGACCCUACGGCGAGGAGAUGGAGCCUCGUGAUGGAAUUGAACUCGGAGUGUUUGUGAUCCGUCGGUCCCACUAA